CAGUCUUCCAGGGCGGUGAGGGAUGCCGGGAACUUACGCUAACAUGGCGGAAUUUUGUAAUCUGAGACGCGGCCGUAUCUAAACUUUUAAACAUAUUCUCGUCUGGUCGCGAUUUUCCCACACCUUUACAACUGCAAGAGGUCGUCGUGAGACCAGGGUGGCUAACGGGACAGGUUCGAUGCCCAGGAAAGGCCUGUGUUUUUAACGAUUCCCCUCGGAGUGAGUGCUAUAUUUCAGAUUAUGUCACCAUGGCAACAUCAACCAUCACGAUGACAGAGGAGACCACCGACACCCACACCAGUGGGGAGGGGUCGCUGCCUUUCUCAGGCAGUAGGAGUGGGGACAGUUCACCCAGGAGAAACACCUUCAAGGUUGGCUUCAACAACUGUCAGAAUGGGCUAGGAAUUAAGAUUGCUGGGGGUAGGAGUGCAAGAACAGGAGAAGAGCGUGGAGUUUUUGUUAAGAAAGUUUUACUGGGAGGACUGGCAGCUCAAGAAGGUCAGCUGCAGGAGGGCGACCAGAUCUUAGAGGUAAACGGCCAGACCUUACAAGGGGCCACCAACGAAAGGGCGGUGUCUAUGCUGAGAAAUGCUUCAGCCACUGACUGUGUGGAACUGACCAUAGCAAGGGACGAUGUCGCCAGGGAGGAGUUCCUUGCAGUGUGUGAAAGUCAGAGCAACUAUAGUUACUCCAGUGGGAGCUCAGGGGAUCGGCCCAGUACUGUGUCCAACAGUAGUAUUUACUCUGCAGGCCAAAGGCCCAUGUCUCCCAUGUCGUCAGGAUCCUCGGUACAACCUUCUCCCCCUUUCAUGAAGAACAUUGGAAAGUCCCACAGGCCAACGGUACAAAACAACAGGCACAGCCCACUGCAAAAUGGGGGUGCUCAAGCUGCCCCAAAUGGUUCAGAUGUCCAGGUGAUCACCAUAGCCAAGUCGUCAGGACUGGGCAUCAGUGUGGAAGGUGGGAGUAACCGCCCUGAAGGUCCACUGGUGUAUGUGACGGAAAUUCUGCAAGGAGGGGACUGCUUCAGAGAUGGACAACUGCAGCCAGGCGACCAGUUAGUAGCCAUUAAUGGAGAGUCCCUGGUGGGGAUCACUCACGAGGAGGCCAGGAGCAUCAUCACUAGAGUCAAACUCAGACCAUCCAAGACAGUGGAGAUAGCGUUCAGCCGAGGUGGACAGACUCCGCCCCACCCCGCCUACACAGACAGCAUGCUGGGAAGUGCGGAGACAACUCCUCCUAAGUCUUCCCAUGAUUCAACAGGAUCUUACAUCACACCUCCCCAAGAUAUUCAAAGAUCUGGAGGCUUGACUUAUUCUCAGCUUCAACCAAACGCCUUCUCAACUCCACAAGCAGCUAACCAAAGAUACAAUGGACACAGUAGGCACUACUCAGGCUUACCUCAAACUGAGAUAUCCCCAGUCCUUCCAACUCCCAAUAGCACCUCACCACAGUCAGCUGGGCCCAGGGUGAACAGAACGGCAGGACCAACCAGGGAUCCUAGAAGACUGUCACUGGAUCCACACACAAGAUUGAAAGUUGACAAACUAGAAACAGCUCUGAAGUACCUAGGAUUAAAAACAACUGAGGGGCAACAAAGAUUACUGAGAGGCAGACUGAGACCAGACAAUAAUGGGAGUGUUACUUAUGGAGAGUUCGUCUCGGUAGCAAAAGAUGUGUACAAGUUGGAGCUUGAGGAGAAAGGCAUCAGUCUGGGGUCCAUGCUAUACGCAGGACCAGAUCUCAGCAGCUUUGUGGAACCACCUGUUUACAGACUACCGACAGUGGAGUCAAGACCCAACAUCAGUCAGCCUGACCUGGACAGAAUAAGACAAGAAAGAGACAACGCUCUGAAAGAAGUACAGAGACUAAAGGACUUGUUACAAGAUAAGGAGAGGGCGUGUAGUAGAGCAGAGGAGGAAUUACUCAGAGUCAGAAGGGAGGCCCAAGGUGCAAUCCACGAGAGUCGCUCCCUCAGGUCAAAGGUCCACCUGGCGGAGGAGGCUCACCGCGCAGCGCGGAGUAUGGAGCAGGACUAUGAGGAGGUCAUCAGACUGCUGGAGCACGAGAUAGCCGACCUCAAGGCACAGCAGACGGCACCCAAGUCGUCAGAGAAUUCAGAAGAAAUGAAGAAGCGGAUAACGGUGCUUGACUGUCAGCUGAAGAAGUCUGACAGCGGUAAGAAAACGUACGAAGUGGCCACUGAAAAACUGCUCAAGUUUGCCGAGCUCGUGCAUGAAGUCUUAACCGACCAAUCUCAAGGAGCCCCCUUGGGCAGAAGUCGUCGAGGCGAGAGUGCGAGUGGAACGAGACCGCCAGGCUAUCUCGCCAGACACGGGAAGGGGACGACAAACGCAAACCUGGCCGCAGAAGCCAAGGACGUGGUGAAAGCUGUGAAGUCUAUCGUUGAAGUAGAACCAUUGCCCUAUGGCUGGGAGGAAGCCUACACGGAGGACGGAGCUAAGUAUUACAUAAACCAUGUGACGCAGACCACAUCUUGGAUCCAUCCCGUUUCAGGCGUUCAGCACAUGCCAGGCAUACAGGAGGGGCUUGAGUUACCCGAGACAGACACGUAACACGCUGAGUGGGCGCCAUAGGUACAUUUACCUCACACACGUACACCACUAAUGGACGAGUGCAUCAGAACGUAAAGAAAUGUCAGACGGGGAUAUUCUACAUGUAGAAAAUCGCAUGUAUGUUAUCUUUUAAAUCAAGAGGUUCAUGUAUAGAUAAGAAAGUGUUUUCAAAUUACCUCUCCCCUCUCCAUUUUUUCUUAAAUCAUGCAGUUUUAAUAUCUAGUAAAUAUCUGUCCUUAAGCAAACGAGUGUACAGACUGUAAAUUAACAUAAGUAUGAACUAUCAAAUAUGAACUGAUAGUAGUUGUCACAUAAAUCGCGUCCUCAACUGACUUCAACAACUGAAUGGUAGCAAAAAUUAGCCAAAAGAUAGCAACUUUCCAAAAUUGUCAUAAUGCAAAUCGCUCAAGAUGUACAUAAUUUCUGUAGGUCUCUUUAUAACAAAUUGACAGUAGAUUCAACUAAGCCUUGGAUGUUUAAAAAGAUGUUUCAUACAGUACUCACCAAAUGCAGCUUCUCAUAUAUUUGAGGCAUCUACUUAUUUUAAAAUGCUUUUUUCUUCUAACAGUUUCGGCAUUUUGUGUGUCUUUUUAUUGUUUAUGUAGGUUGAGUGAAAGAAAUUUAUUGGACAUAACGUUACAUGACUUUCGUGCAAAAAUUAGUUAUACUAUUAUGUACAUUGAUAUUUCUAAAAACAAGUAAUACACUCUCAUUCCAUUUAUAUAUAUAUAUUAUAUUUUAUUUGCCUCUGAUAAUCAAUUUAGAUAGUUCAUAGUGUAAACCUAUUUUUAUAGAUACAAUUUUCAGUAUCAUGUUAGCUGACUCAAAUGGAAAGGCAAUAAAGUCCAAUUAUAGCUGCCACUCCAUGUCUUGAAAUAAAUAGUCAUAUUUAUACCUCAAUUGAAAAUUCACAUACGGUUGGUGCAAGGCAACACUUACUGCAGACCAAGAUUGGAUUGUUCCCUUGUGGUAUAUUCUAAGGCUAAGUUUUAGACAGGUUAGUGCCAAAUAUCAAAGAAAUUCU